UAAAAGAACCCUGCUGGAAACUCCCACUUUUGUCUGCCUCAGUAGCCGUUUCCAGAAUGAAAUCGCACUCACUUCCACUCUCCCCUUCACUGAACCGUUUCCAGUGCUCUUCACCUGGAGCCUCCUUCUUUAGACAAACCACACUCACAUGCCCGCCACUUGUUCCUUUAACGCUUCAGAGUAAAGCCAAGGGAAGGGUCGAAGGUUUGUGCAGCAUUAGGGCUAUGGGUCCGUCUUCUCAACCUGAGAUUGAAACCAAGGAAACUAAUAAUAAGGAGGCCAAGUUGUGGGGUGGAAGAUUUGAAGAGAGCGUCACCGAUGCCGUGGAGAAAUUUACAGAGUCCAUUUCCUUUGAUAAGGAGCUUUAUAAGCAUGAUAUAAUGGGUAGCAAGGCCCAUGCUUCUAUGCUGUCCCAACAGGGAUUGAUAAGUAUCAGUGAUAGGGAUAGUAUCCUACAAGGUCUUGAUGAGAUUCAGAGACGCAUUGAAGCUGGUGAAUUUGUGUGGAGGACAGACAGGGAGGAUGUGCACAUGAACAUUGAGGCUGCACUUACUGAUAUGAUUGGUGAGCCAGCAAAAAAGCUACAUACAGCUAGGAGUCGAAACGAUCAAGUUCUGACUGAUUUUCGUUUGUGGUGUCGUGAUGCAAUUGAUAGAAUCAUUGCAUCUAUCAAAAAUCUACAAGUUGCAUUAGUGACUUUGGCCUUGAACGAGGAGGGGCUUAUUGUUCCUGGUUAUACGCAUUUGCAAAGGGCACAGCCAGUUUUAUUGCCACAUCUUCUGUUAGCUUAUGUUGAGCAGCUUGAUCGCGAUGCUGGUCGAUUAAUUGAUUGUAGAGCUAGGUUGAACUUCUGCCCCCUUGGUGCAUGUGCAUUGGCUGGCACUGGUCUACCCAUUGAUAGAUUUAUGACUUCUAAUGCUCUAGGAUUCACUGCUCCAAUGAGGAACAGUAUUGAUGCAGUUUCAGACCGAGAUUUUGUCUUGGAGUUUCUUUCUGCUAAUUCCAUCACAGCCAUUCAUCUUUCUCGGCUGGGUGAGGAAUGGGUUUUGUGGGCAUCAGAGGAGUUUGGUUUUAUCACACCAAGCGAUUCUGUUUCAACUGGUAGUAGCAUAAUGCCUCAGAAGAAAAACCCAGAUCCUAUGGAACUUGUUCGAGGAAAAUCUGCUAGAGUUGUUGGAGACCUGGUCACUCUCCUCACAUUGUGUAAAGGGCUUCCACUUGCUUAUAAUCGUGAUUUACAGGAAGAUAAGGAACCUGUAUUUGACAGUGUUAAGACAGUUAUAGGGAUGCUUGAAGUUUCAGCCGAAUUUGCACAGAACAUUACCUUUAAUCAUGCGAGAAUUCAAAAGUCUUUGCCAGCUGGAUAUCUGGAUGCCACAACACUUGCUGAUUAUCUUGUGAAGAAGGGAAUGCCUUUCAGAACAUCCCAUGAUAUAGUUGGAAGGUCUGUUGCCUUGUGUGUUUCAAAGAACUGUCAGCUUCAGGAUCUAAAUCUUGAUGACAUGAGAAGUAUAAGUCCAGUUUUUGAGGAGGAUGUAUACGAGUACAUUGGAGUAGAAAAUGCUGUUAAGAAAUUCAGCUCAUAUGGUUCCACAGGUUCCGCUUGUGUUGCUAAUCAACUUGACUACUGGGUUGCCAAACUUGAGAUUAGCAGAAGCAGAUCUCAUUAAUAAACAGCACAGUUUUUAGUUAAGUUAUUUGCAAGGCCUUAAUGCCAUUUUUUGAGGACUUGGAAUCUGGUAGAUGCAUUGCUCGAAUGGGAGUUAAACUAUUCAUCGUGCAAUUCUGAUGACCAAAUUGUAUGUUUAGAAGAAUUAAGCACCUGGUGUUGGAGUUUAUGUGCUCUUGCCUUCUUUAGUUAAUUAAUCUUUGACUGCCUUUCGACCAAAAAAAAAUCUUUGACUGCCCAGUUUGCUGUGUGCAUUUUUUGAAUGUCUUGAUUUCCACAAAGAUGCGUGUAUGUAAUGCAAUAAUUUUCAAGAUACUUGUCUAGUAGUGAGAUAGCAUUUCUUUCGUUUUGUUC